ACCUCGGAUUUUAGAUUGUCCCAGCUAGGCUUCCGUACCAGGCACCCGUAGAAUUUACGACACCAUGCUGUGUGUACGGCCAUAAGUGUUGUAGCUACGAUAGUGCAGUUAACAUGUGAGAAGUUUGGAUUAGGUUUCUAGGACUUUAUUAAAGAAAAAAAAAAAACUAUUUUUAAAGUAUCCAGGUCGUCAUGCGGGAACGGUCGCUUCCCGCCUCUCCCAACUGGUACUGCUCGCGCUGCAGUGAUGUCAGCAGCAGCGGUUUGCUGGGCGUCGGGGCCAAAAACAUCAUCUACUUGAUAGAUGUGUCUGCAUCUUCGUGCAGAGUGGCAGGUGAGCUCGUGGGCCAUAAGGACUUGGUGUCCGGCUUUUCGUUUUGCCAGCAUGCAGGGCAGAGUCACAUCUGUGUCAGCUCCUCUAGCGAUGGCAGUAUCCGUUUCUGGGACUCGAGCAGCAAGACUCUUAUUAGGGAUCACGCAGCUCAUCAGAGCUCCGUAUCAGCGCUGCACUGGUCCCCUGUGGAUAAAAACCUGGUGGUGUCCGGGGAUGAGAAAGGCGUGGUGGUCUGUCACUGGUACCACACGGGUGACACGACCAGCUUCUUCCCUGAGCCCAGAACCAUCUUCUGCCUCACCUGCUCUCCUCAUACCUGGAACUAUGUGGCUGUUGGGUACAAAGAUGGGAUGAUUGUGCUGAUUGAUGUGAGUAAGAAAGGCGAGGUGAUUCACCGCCUCCGUGGACACGAUGAUGAGAUCCACGCGCUGGCGUGGUCACCUGUGGCCCGUGAAGAUGCCCUCUACACCAGACCUGAAGACGGUGAAGCAACCAAUGGAGUGUCUGGAGGAGAGGGCUGCUAUCUUGCAUCUGGGAGCAAAGACCAGACUGUAAGGCUCUGGAGUACAGCCAAGGGAAAAGGUGUCAUGACUCUGAAGCUGCCCUACCUGAAGAGGAGAGGCACCGCAGUCGACCCUGGGGUGAAAGAGCGGCUCUGGCUCAGCGUUCAUUGGCCGAAGGGACGGCCGACGCAGCUCGUGUCCAGUUGCUUCAGUGGCGAGUUGGUCAUGUGGGACUUAACCAAGUCAGGGAAGCAGAGGUGGACCCUGUUCGGCACAUCCUCAGAGGGUCAGAACCACAGCAGGAUCAUCUUUAACAUGAGUUCAGUUCACCUGCAGGAUGGCAGAGAGCUGCUCAUCAGCACCUCCAUGGACAGAGAGGUUAAGUGCUGGGACCUGGCCUCUCUGGAGUGCUGCUGGACUCUGCCCACCCUGGGCGGUUUCGUCUACGCCCUGACCUUCUCACCCGUGGGUACUGGAUGUCUGGCGCUCGGUGUCGGUGACAACAUGAUCCGGGUGUGGAACACGCUGACCACUCAGAACAAGUACGAUGUCAGGUCCUUCUGGCAGGGGAUCAAGUCCAAAGUCACAGCGCUGGCGUGGCAUCCGACAAAAGAGGGAUCUUUGUCUUUUGGAACAGAUGAUGGGAAAGUUGGUAUCUAUGACGUCUUCUCCAACAAGCCUCCUCAGAUCUCGAGCUCCUAUCACAGAAAAACGGUGUAUACGUUGGCCUGGGGGCCCCCAGUCCCCCCAAUGUCAUUUGGGACAGCAGGAGGAAAGCCUUCCUUUAGUCUGUACAGCUGUGCCGGCGAGGGCGUCAUACUCCAGCACGAUCCAUACAAGCUGAACGGAGAGGCGUCGGACAUCGACAAGCUCAUCAGAGAUACUAACGACAUCAAGCACAAGCUGUCUCCACACACCGACCUCAGCUGGAAGCCAGAUGGGAAAGUUGUUGCCAUCGGCAACGAGGAUGGGUGUAUCGACGUAUAUCAGGCUCCCAGUCUGAAGUUGCUGUGCAGCAUCCAGCAGCACCACAAGAUCAUUAACACGUUACGGUGGCAUCACGACCACAGCUCUGCACCCGAGCUGCACUGCCUCCUGGCCUCGGGCUCCAGCAACGCCAUCGUCUACGUGCAUGAUCUCCGCUCUGUUAUAGAAAAUCCUCCAGAAAGCCCCAUGGUGCUGACAGAGCCCUAUCGGAGGUUGUGUGGCCAUACGGCUAAAAUCACCGGUAUGGCCUGGAGUCCGCACCACAACGCUCAGCUCGUCACUGUCUCAUAUGAUGGCACAGCGCAGGUGUGGGAUGUUCUGGAGGAAGCAGCUGUCUCUAACUACAGAGGACACGUUGGUUAUCUGCUGUGUGUGGACUGGUCCCCUGUGGAUCCAGACGUGAUCUGGACUGGAGGGAAGGACUUCACCUUGCAGGAGUGGAACGUCUCCAAACAACAGUUCACAAAGCCGCCUAAAGGGAAAAAGAUGGUCGACCUGAAAGAGAAGAUGAAGGCCAAUACGAAGCAGAAGAAGAAGAACAAGAAGGCUGGGCCAUCGGGGGCCGAGGGAGCUGCACAGCCGGAGGUCAACGGACCGCCGGUGACAAUCGGAGAGAGGGCGGUGAUGGGACAGGGGGUGUCAGGUGAAGAUGAUGAAGAUGAAGCCAGCUCAACAAGCAGCCCAGCACCUUCACCAGCCACGUUUGAGAUGCAGAGAAAAUCCUCGGCUGCUGUAAAGAGUAAAGACAAGCCAGACUUAACUGGGCUGAAGAAGAAAAAGCCUCGCUCCAUGUUGCCUCUCAGUACAUCCAUGGACCAUCGGCCCAAAGACGAGCUGCUGCAGGACUGCAUCACUCUGGCUUCUGUCAGACAUGACAACACACCUCCCACAGGCUGUGUCCCAGGCCAAGGAGAUCAUAUCCAUCUGGGCCUGUUUGCUGACAGACAGGCUUUGUACCGCAUGUUUGAUGCAGAAGAAGAGGGCCACGUGGAGGCGGGUCACUUCGACUCCGUAGUGUACCUGCGGCUGUGGAGCGGGGACCUGGAGGGGGCGCUGCAGCUUGCCACGGAGAAAGGAGAGCUGAACGACCACCUGCUCUCCAUCGCUCCUAUGGCUGGGUUUGUGGUGUGGAGCCGGACAGUGGAGGCCUUCGUCAAGCAGCUGUGUCUGCAGGAGCAGUACCUGAAAGCGGCGUCCCACCUGCUGUCCAUCAACAAACUCUACGAGGCAGUCGACUUGCUGCGCUCCCACAAGCUUUACAGGGAGGCCAUAGCGCUGGUUAAAGCCCGGCUGCCAGCAGACGAACCUCUCCUGAAGGAGCUGUACACUUGUUGGGCUGCAGUGUUGGAGAAAGAUGGGCAUUUUUCUGCAGCAGCUAAGUGCUACCUCGCUGCCGAUGCCAGCUUUGACGCAGCCAAGGUCAUCGCCAGGAAGAAUGACAUCUUGUCACUGAGGACCGCGGCCAGUCUAGCAAGAAUCUCAGGGGAGGCCUCUCUGGCUCAGUCUCUGUCCAUGAGAUGUGCCAAAGACCUGGCAGCCGCUAGAGACUGGGUCGGAGCACAGGAGGUCCUGAGUUUGCAAGACAGCCUCCUGGUCCACAGGCUGCAUCUCUGUGUGGCUGAGCUGCUCUCUGAGAUGCUGGGAGACUCUGAAGUUAGCCCUGCAGCAUCCUGCGUCUCCAGUCACCCGUGGGCGUCACCGGGUGAGCGUCACAUUAGUAUCAUGGAUCGAGUGAGAGAUGUGUGGGAGGAGCAGUUUGCUGUUUCACAUCAGAGCGUCGGGGCUCUUCUGCAGGAGCUCAAGUCUGCAGAGAGCCCAACACCCACAGCUAACAGUCCCCUCAGACAGGUCCUGCUCUAUUCAUCCCUCCACCUGACCCGUGCUGUGCUCAGCUGGUUACUGGCUGAUGAUGAUCAGCUGGUGAAGGAGCUGUGGCACGCAGUGGCUUGGCCGAGAGAGGCCGGACACUUCUGUGUCUCUGCAGAGCUCUGCAGGCUGCUGUUCCCAGAUGGCGAUGUCAGUGUUAGUUCUCGGAAACAUCCCAAAGCGCUUCAUCACACGGAAGAAGCAGCCAAAGCUGCUGCCAGCAGUCUGCAGGCUUUUGUCCUUUACCAUCGCCUUUAUGAAUGCUGGUGGAGGACUUCGGAAGGCAGCUGGGAGAUCCAGAACGGGCUCUCCCUGUCGGUGGCUGACUCGUCUCCUGAAGAUGAGGUGAAGGAUGAGAUGUCAAACGGAGGGCUGUUGGAGUCGGCAGAAAGCCACCGUCCUGUGAAUGGGAGUUUUCAUAAACUGGGCUUAGAUCCGUCACUCCUUCUGUGUGAGCCUCACGCUGCCUGCCAGGCCACCCAGAGAGCUGUGAGAGAGAUCCAGCAGCAGCUCGCCGCCGUGGUGCAGCAGCACAGCCAGAUCCAGGGAGGGCAGCUCGACUCUGGGGAGAAACAGGAUGACGGCCCUGCAGCGAUUUCCACUACCAGGGAAUCCUCAGACAGUCGGGACUCUGCUGAGGCUGAGCAGGGUUUUGAGGACCCGGAGACUCUGCUGUCAUUGUCCUCCAAGAUGUCCAAGCAUCAGAAAGAGCUGGCUGAGCUGCCCAACACACUCAAGGUGUACCCUCACCCAGAUGUUGUGGAAUGCUGUCUGGUUCUUCUGCAUCUCAGCAAAUCUUCAAUGUCUUUCUCGGACUCGCUCCUACAAGAAGCUAAAGAUCUGCUUCGUAAAUAUGGAACAAGUCCCUCUGUCCUGAAAGCCUCGCAGCGAUUCCUCAUCUGAUUCAUUUGCUGGCAGUUUGGGACCCGCCUGAUGGUCUGACUUCAUGUCUCCGCUGCUACACUGACUGUUUACCUCCAUCCACACGAAGCAUGCUCAGAUGUGUUCGGUCAGAGACCUCAAAAAGCACGUGGUUCCAAACUGUGGACUUUACACACUCAGAUAUGUUUCUUUGAGUUGUUUUCUGAUACACUCAAAGCAGCAUUUCUGCAUUUUUUUUCUACAAUAAAAACAAACUUAAUAAAAAGUCCUGAGUCAGCUUGAUUCCGCAUUUAAAAGUGCCUGAAGGAGUCUCACGGAUUCUGGAGCCGGACAAGGUGAAGGGUCUUAAGCCAAACAAGGUCAAAUUAUUUCUAAAAUAGUUACAAUCACAGACUGAUGGAUCUACUGUAUAUUGAUAAGAACUGGGCUGGAUGGAGUAAUAUUAUCUUUGAAAGCAUAAGAACAUAAAUGUCCAGCCGGACUGAACGAGAGCCCCGAGUUUAAACCCAAUGGAGAAUUCACCAAAAGAAAUGAAGGCAGAAGUGACUGUGUGGGGAAAGUUUGAGCAAAAUGACCAAAUACUCAGAGCGUUUUCAGUUUCACUGGCGUUUCUACAUAUUUAGUCCUAACUGUAAAAACCAACGCAUAAAAUAUCUGCUGCUUCUAGAGACUGAAGUCUUAAAAGUAUUUAAAAUGAUUAUAGAUGGAUUUUUAAAAAACACUUUUCACAUGGAAAGCCUUCUAGGAAGUAAUCUUAUAGAACUGAGUGUGCAUCAGAAGGUCGUGAAGGUGGUCUCUCACUACGCAGCUUCCCUUGGAAAAACUCAAAAUACUAAUGGUCGCCUUAGCACAGCUUUGAUAUACACACUGACGUGUCAAAUUUCUUUUUCAAUGAACAUCUUCAAAAAACAUGAUCAUAGAAGUCUUUGUAUUGUACAGGCCGCUUGGACUUUUGUAAUUUUGCCUGUAAAAUUAAAGUUCACCUUUCAAGAACCACCAGAAUUUUCUCUGUAGCACCAGAUGGUUUAGGAGUUGAAGCAACGAUAGUAAAAUCUAGGAGGAGAUAAUUUUCCUGUGUUCAGAAAGCUGUACCUUUGUGCUAAAUCCUCAUCUUCUCUCUCCAAAAUCAUCAGAAUUUUCUCUAUGAGCACAAACGGUGAUGGAGUUGCCGUCUAUCUAUAUAUAUCAUUAACCCUUCUGCACGCAGACACACACUGUUUCUGUACAUCUACUUAAUAAAGAAAAGAGCAAAUGCUUUCUGCUUGCAUUGAAAAUACAAAACAAUUUAAUGUACAACUGUUUAAAACAAUGAAGAAUGUAAAAAAGAAAAGUGACCACAACACCUGCACAAGUGACCGUGGACAGUUUGAUUUGAGGGUGAAUGUACAGAACGACAGCAGUUUGGCCAGUGAAGCAUGUGAGUACCCAAGCACAAUUAUACACUCCAACUCCCACUGUUAAAAGUUUCUCAAAGUGGAAAAGAGCUAAAACAUUUAUUUGCAUCAAAAUUAUACAUUUUAAUUUACAGGCCCUUCCAGCAUUAACUUAAAAAGAAAGAAGGAAAGAAAAAAAAAAA